UGACGCCUUUCGAGCCACCGGACCAAGCCGGUGAUCUAUUUCAUCUCCGUAAAGAAAAAUAUAAAAAAAUACGGCAGGAAAUCUCUAUGUAAACAUGGUUUACGUCCGCGCAGCAGUAUGCCACGCUUCGGCAAACUCCGCUGCUGUUCCUUCAAUAGGAGAGUAGUAGCCUAGCGUAUGAAGAGCAGAAGAAACGUGAGGGAGAAAUAACAUCGAGAGAGAAACAGACGGAGCGGCACAAAGGAGAGAGGAGAGUGUUGUGCGAGAGGGCGAUAUAGAGGGAGAUGAGAGGAGAUGCAGGCAGUGGCCUAGAUGUGCGAAUAGCCAAGAGUUGCUCUUUCUGGUUCACUGGAUGGAGGCUGCUCCCGCGCAGGGAGGACUAUAGAAAAUAUGGGGAUGUUUUACGCGGUUUGUUGAAGUCUACACAGUGAACCGUUACUUUUUUUUCAGUACGUUUGUUCGUUCAUUCGUGUUCUGUAUUUUUAUGUAGCCUACAUUGUGUGUUUUGGGGAGAAAUGGGUCAAUAAUCUGGAAGCGCCCAUGCAGUAGCGCACAGUCCCACACACUGCCGCGCGUUAUGCCUCUCUCUGUCAAACAUGGUAUGAAAAUGCACUGAGCCUUUUACAUUUACACACGGCAAAUAUAUAGUUCACGCCGCUUCCUUCGCUCCCCCUAUGUGAUGGCGAUGGAAGUGGAAGCUGACAGCGGCAGAGGUAUAUCAAGGAGCGCUCAUGAGAAAUGCCCGCGGGCUGUGGAGCGCAACGGCUAUGUGAAAACAUGUGUCACCCCUCUGUAUCAGGACGCAGGCUGCCAGUCUUGGCUGAGACUCGCAGAAAUAUGGAGUUCCCGGAGACUGUCGUCCGCAGUGUGUGUGGGCUCUGUAUCGGUUAUUCUCGCUUUGCUGGUCAGAUUGGUUGACUGGGACGUGGAGCAGCAGAGUUGCGGCAGUAACAUCGAGACUAACGGCGAGUCUGGAUCUCUAGUUCAUUUCGUGGCGAGCUGUGUGGUGGAACUGUUGUUGAACAUAUGGUACCUGGUGUCCCCUGUCUUCACUCUUGUAUGUGCCUUCUUUUGGGUUGGCUUGUACCUGAUCCGUUGCGGGGUGCUGAUCCGGACCGCCGUGUUUCUGUUGGCAGUGUGUCACUUGGGCGAAGCCGCGGCGCAGUCUCUCCUGCACGGUGCGGAGGACCAGUUGCUGUCGUUUACCGCAACCGUGGUGGUUCUGUCCUGUCUAGCCAGCGGGGCGCUGAUGGUGGUCAGGCUCGGACAGGGGGUUUCCGUCAUCGUCUUCAUCAGCAUCAUCAGGACUGUGUCUCUCAUCUCCCUCAACAAGGUCCGGGCCAGCUGGAGACCCUACCUGGCGUACCUGGUAGGAGUGCUGGGGGUCCUGCUAGCGAGGUAUGCUGACCGGCUCCUGACAGGCUCAGGGCCACUCGGGGCGGGUUGUUGCUACGUGACAGCGGGGAAGGAAGAUAAUAUCAUUCCCGUGUUUAAAAGGCGACGGAGGUCCAGUUCGGUGGUCUCUUCAGAGAUGGCGCACAGUCACAGCAACAGCAAGUCCCACCGAAGGACCUCGCUCCCAUGCAUUCCACGGGAACAGAUGAUCUCACAGACUGAAUGGGACCACAAGAGGGGUGCCCGGGGAUCCCAGUCGUCGGGCACCAGUGUGUUGGUGGACAUAGCGGUGAUGGGGGAAGCCCAUGGAUUGAUCUCAGACCUGCUGGCGGACCCCUCUCUGCCCCCCAACACCUGCAGUUCCCUGCGGGCUGUCAGUAACCUGCUCAGUACCCAGAUCAGUUUGCAGCCGCUGCACCGGCCUCGAAUCAGCCCUCUGCAGGCACUCAGCGACACACACACCUGCUCCGACUCCGAAGACUGGCCAGAGAGAGAGAAAUUGGCCAUCCCAAAGCGUCUGAGACGGAGCCUGCCUCCAGGCCUGCUGAGAAGGAUCUCCUCUACAUGGACCACCACCACCUCAGCUACAGGUCUUCCCACCAUAGAACCAGGACCUGUACGCAGAGACCGCUCUGCCAGCAUCAAACCCCUCCACGACAGUCCACCAUGCAGUAUGGGGAACAGUGAGUCGUGGAACAGCUCUGUAAUGCUCACCAUCUCGAAGAGUCGCUCCAUGUCUGCCUCCUACUCUGCUUCAGCCACCUCCAACCACCUCUACAACAGACGCAUGACCAGACCAGGUUACCCCUCUUCCAACAUUUCACCUCUGGCCUCUCCCUGCCACUCCCCUCCAGUCCAGGGGACCCCUGUCUCCAGCCCCACCACCAAGUCCUGCUCUGUGGACCUACCAGAGCCUGUGGACAGCCAGGGAGAGAGGCCUGUGGGCCCCCAGACCCCACACAGAGCCUUAACACACAGCAUCAGUGCACCUAGCUCCACCACACCGCACUGGGGACCACCAUCUUUCUGCAGCAGCUGUGGCAGACCGUACAGCAGGCUGAGCCAUGGGGAGGGGUCUAUGGACAAAGGGGACAUAAUACCCCACCCUGAUGACCCGGCAGUGGCAUCGUCAGACUAUGAGAGCACCUACGAGACCAACCACAGUGACAGUAGUGACUUUGCACAGAACGAGGAGGACGGGGAGGGGGCCAAGAAGCCCUCGGACACCCAGGACGGGUGUAGGUCGUACCAGCCUGAGGGCAUCGUCCUGCACCCCCUACUGCCACCUCCGGAGGACACACAGCCCAUCCUGGCCCCAGAGCCUCUGGUAAUGCCAGAGCUGGAUCCUCUGAUGACUCAACUCAACAACUGGAACUUCCCCAUCUUCAACCUGGUGGAGAAAACACACGGCCGCUCAGGAUGCAUCCUCAGCCAGGUUUCCUACCGCCUGUUUGAGGACACGGGACUGUUUGAGACGUUCAAGAUCCCUGUCAGGGAGUUCAUGAACUAUUUCCAUGCUCUGGAGAACGGAUACAGGGACAUCCCAUACCACAACAGGAUCCAUGCCACUGACGUGCUCCAUGCCGUGUGGUACCUCACCACCCAGGCCGUGCCAGGCCUGCCCAACCUCCUCACCGACCACAGCUCAGACUCUGACUCGGACAGUGGGCUCCUCAACCCCAGCCAUCCCAGCCAUACAGGGUUCCUGGUCUCUAAGAUGUCUGUGGUGAUGGAGGAGGGUUAUGGAUGUCUGUCUGGCCUCAUCCCAUCCCUGGAGCUCAUGGCUCUGUAUGUGGCUGCAGCCAUGCACGACUACGACCACCCUGGACGGACCAACGCCUUCCUCGUGGCGACUAGCGCUCCUCAGGCCGUGCUAUAUAACGACCGCUCGGUGUUAGAGAACCACCACGCUGCGUCGGCCUGGAACCUGUUCAUGUCCCGGCCAGAGUACAACUUCCUGGGCAACCUGGAGCAUGUGGAGUUCAAACGCUUCCGCUUCCUGGUCAUCGAGGCCAUCCUCGCCACCGACCUCAAGAAACACUUUGACUUCCUGGCGGAGUUCAACGCCAAGGUGGGUGAUGAUGGCUGCUCGGGCAUCGACUGGUCCAAUGAGAACGACCGGUUGCUGGUGUGUCAGAUGUGCAUCAAACUGGCGGACAUCAAUGGCCCACUGAAACACAAGGACCUGCAUCUACAGUGGACCGAGGGCAUCGUCAAUGAGUUCUAUGAACAGGGCGAUGAGGAGUCGAGUCUGGGCCUUCCCAUCAGCCCCUUCAUGGACCGCUCUGCGCCUCAGCUCGCCAAGCUCCAGGAGUCCUUCAUCACGCACAUCGUGGGUCCGCUCUGUUCCUCCUACGACUCCGCCGCCCUCAUGCCAGGGAACUGGGUUGACCCCGCCGACGCACGGAGGAAGGAGGGAGAGGAGGAAGAGGAGGUGGGGGAACGAGAGACAGAGGAGGAAGAGGAGGAUACAGCAGAGGAGGAUGAGUCGACUAGCUCUGAGAGUUCCCAGAAGCACGUGGUGAAGCUUACGGAGAGCAGGAGGAGAGUGUUCUGUCCCAUCACUCAGCACCUUCUGGACAACCACGAAAUGUGGAAGAGAGUCAUUGCCUCCGAAACCCAGGACACGCCGGACAGAGAGGCGCCUAACUGCCUCAGCAACCCCGCCGAGCCAAUCACAGCCAUCCACGAGGAGGAGGAGGAGCCAGCCAGCAAGGAGGAGCCAAUAGAUGGCCAGGGAGAGGAGACGGAAGGGGAAGAGACGGGGCUUGCAGAGGAAGUGGUCGAGCAAUCAGAGACUGCGGAGAAAAAGGAGGAGGAGCUGGAGUGAGAGGAUUAUCUUUGACGCUUGAAGAUCAGGAAACGGAACAUUUAUCCAAACUCAUACCCUCUCCCAACUAGACUUUCUGACUCAUGUCAGAAAUGAUACCCUAUUCCCCAUGUAGUGCACUAGCUGGCCAAAAAUAGUGCACUAUACAGGGAUUGGGGUGUUGUUUGAGACGCAGCCCCUGAUAUUUGGUUGCCAGCACAUCACUUAGACACAACACUGUAGAAGUUUGGAGUAACAUGUGCCUAAAGAAAACAGGGUGGAGGGAGGGAGGGCACGCUGAGGAGGAGGAUGAGGGAGGGGCGGGAUUUGUUUUACACACGUAUUAUAUUGGAUCAGGUUCCCAUUUCAGAAGCCCUCUCCCUGACGAGGUUCCCACACCGCAAUACGGACCCACAGAACACUGACCCCACUGCCAGCCUCCAGACACAGCCGGCCAUACUAGUGGUCUGCAUCCACCUGUCCUCUCCCACAGAACCAAGGUGUACAAAGUGGACUGUACUAAAUGGACAGUACAAACACUAGCUCCUGAGGACAAUGAGAUGAAAGCUGUGUCCGCUCUGUGUUGGUUCUCAGGGAGCGAGGAGAGGACUGAGGACUGGGGAGAGGAGGGUCAGUGUUGAUACAGAGUGUGCUCACACACACGCAUGGAGCAAACACACACACACAAACCCAUCAGAAGAUUUGCUAGCUACCCCAGGAAGAGGGAAUGGGAAGUCUAACAUAGAACCCUGUAGCUCUGAAAAAGCUUUAUAUUCACUCAAGGAAGAAAAUCCAGAGCACAGUGUUUCUUCACAUUCUUCAUCUCUCUAAUUGUUCCAAAUAUACCAUGUUUUCUCUCUUUCUUUCUUUCACUCACUCCACUUUUGUGUCGGUCAUUCAGGCUCUUUUUUCCCCUCUCACUCCUACACAGUUCCACAGGACUCAGGAACACAGACACACCCCACUGGGCACACACUGGUUGAAUCAAUGUUGUUUCCACUUCGUUUCAAUGAAAUUACGUUGAACCACAGUGAAAUUGGCAUUGAAUUGACAUCUGCCCAAUGGGACACAACACCGACCCCUCAACCUUGUACCCUUUGUCAUUGUUAUGUCAACCAACACAAGUGAUUGUUCUUUCCUUUGUGUUAUUGGUUUGUGGUUAUACUUUCUUAUUUUUUUCCAACAUCAGCUGUAAGAUUUUCUCUCUGUGGCAUUUGUGUUUGGUAAAUAUGGUGUGGGCCUUUCUUAUUUUAUGUACCCUGUCUCCUGAUGAUCUGCACACUACAAAGGGAAUCACUUUGAAUCUGAAUCGCACGGUUUCUUAUAGAGUUAGAGCUUCCUUUUAUUCAGACGCCUAGUUAACUAUUCCAAUGUAAGAUGCUUUUUCUAAGUGCAGAAUUUCUCUCUUCGUAGCUUUUGACCCAGUAGAUGUAUACAUGUACCACCUCGGUGGAGAAGAAGCAUUCACAUUAGGAUUCAUCUGUGGAUGUCAAUCUGACCAUGACACUGAAAAAGCGAUUCACCUUUUUGAAAGAUUCUCUACAGCCAUCUUCAUUGAUAAACUCUUUCGUAGAACUCUCUCGUAGAACUCUUUUUGACGGUACACUGACCUCUAGCCUGUGUUUCAGUCCUCUCUCACAGUGGGAUCUACCACCCAAUACCCUGACAGGAAGUUCAGCCAAGAGAGCCAAUGUCAAAAGUACAUAGAUUCUCUUUCAGUCUCUUGAGCGAGCAUUAUUCCCCAUUAUUCCCCAUAGUGCCGCACUCAGUUCCCUCAGAGAACCAAAGUUACAGUCGUAACCAGGCAUUUUCUAUUUAACUCUGGGAAAUCAUCUAUUUCUCCAAUAGGCUGAAAUGAUAACAGAUAACAAUAGCGUUCAGCGAGUCAAGUGAUCAAAUAAAGUUGCCGAGUGAGCCUUGGAAAGCCUUGAAGAAGAUGUGGAGGAGCCCAGAGGUUCAACCAAGAGAACAAGGUUACAGUUAUACUCCACAUACACUCAGACUGUGCUGCUCUAUAGAACAUGGUGAAUCACGCAAUGGGGCUGAAUGCAAACAAAAGUACGAAGAAAGAUGAUGCAGUAAAAAAAUAUCCAUGCCAAGAAAGACAUGUCUUCUUCGUGUGUGUUUGCUGACUCCCUCAAAGAAGUGAUGUAUUUAUUAACUUCCUGAUAGUUUCAACAUUUCAGCCAUAGGUCCAACUCGUUGAACUGUAGCUACCCCAUUGUAGCUAUCACAUGAUACAUCUACAGUACCUGCAGCUAUCCCAUCUCUCCCUAUCCAUCCAGCUCCUAGCCCAGGGCAGCUCCCAUGACAUGACCAGGCAGAUCAGGCCUAAGCAUGUGUACGUCCCAAAUGGCACCCUAUUCCCUACAUAGUGCACUACUUUUGACCAUAGCCCUAUGGACCCUGGUCAAAAGUAGUGUGGGGGGGAAACGGGUGCUAUUUGGGACACAGCCCAGGUGGACUAGCCAGUCAGCCUGAGCCAGGCAGCAUGCUGCAGUCAACACAUGGACCAGUGCUGGGCUCCCCGUGGCUGUCCAUAGCUCUGUAGGUCCAUUUGAUGUCCAGAGAGAGAGACCAAUUGGUGGUGACAGAAGGAUGAGAGGGAAAGGUAGAGGAAACGGGAGAGGGGAGAGGGAAGAGGAUAUGAGAGAUAGAAGCGGAUCAGAGAGAAUGGUAUAAGAGAAGGAAUGGGAUGAGAGAGGAAGGGAGAUGGAAGCCGGGAUGAAGAGAAGGGAGCAAGAGAAGAGUUUGGGAUUUUCUGAGGUUGGUAAGUCUCUUUUCUGUUCACUGAUGGUCUCUGUGAAAACGUCACUUUGAAUGAGGAGCCAAUUAAAAUGUCUGUCUGUCCGUCCAUCUGCCUGUCCGGUUCUCCUUGAAGAUUUUACCCUUGACAGCUUGUUGUGAAACGUUAACAUUAUCAGGAAAAUGUAUUUGUAGGAUGACAAUGUUUAAAGCAAUACUGACACUUAUUCUGUAUCUGGAGCGUUUGAGUUGCACUUCGUGACCUGCAAAGUCAAGGGAGUUUAUGUACCAAAUUCUUGAAUUUUAUCCAAAUCAUGUGCCUCUCUCUCUAUCUGCACUAACUGACCCUCUUUCACUCCCCUACACUCCCUUACCUGCCCCUCUCUCCCUCUCUCUCGUUGUGUGAUCUGUUAUGGGUCAUUAUCUAACAGUGGCAUUUAAUGUUGUAGCUGACAUAACAUCUUGUGAUGGGCUAGGGGCCAGGUGGUUGCGUGAAUCGUUAUAAUAGUUAUUGGCCCAUAUUAAACGAUACAGAGGAGAGGAAUCAGAGCAUUGCUAGUCAACCCCUGACCUAUACAUCUGCUGAGUCACUGCCUCAUCUGAAUAAGGCCUUUCACAAUUUCAGUGUGGCCUAGGGGGAACUGAACAGUAACAGACCCAAUGGAGUGAAUGCAAAAGCAAUAUUCACAGCCUAUGAUGACCUGUGUGCAUGCGUGGUUGCGUAUGUGUUCUGCGGUAGCAUUUGUUCAAGGGGUAUUGUGAAUGUGAUUUGGUGGCCAACAUUAAUAAGCUACUAUGGUAGGACAGCACUCUAUUGCUUUUCCUAAUAUGUAUUGAGUAGUCCAUCUCUAAUUCCUCGAUGUGACCACACUUUCCACUGUAUCUGUUCAAGUCUGACAACACCUAACCAAUGAGAUCCGUCACCUACAGGGAUUUCAGAUAGCUUUUGGAGUGUUAUAUUUCAACGUGGAUUUCUAGAAACAUCCUUUUCUCCACUGCUUGGUGUCCAUGCUGACUACCACAGAUGGAGGUGGAUGGGUGAUUGAGAGAGACAAGAAUCCGGAAUUGUAGCUAUACCUUAAUUGAGCUGUGGACAAAAGGAGUGCACAUGGUGGGAUAUAGGAUUGGGGCCUUUCAGAUGCUGGGUCUUGGAACAAUGAUUCAUUCUUUACACUUUGUCCUCUACCUCCCUCCUUCUCGUCUACUGUUGCAAAUCAUAUUGUAUUUGUCACAUGCGCCGAAUACAGAGAAAUACGUACUUACAAGCCCUUCACCAACAAUGUAGUUUAAGAAAAUACCAAAAAAAAAAGUAAGAGAUAACCAAAGAGCCUCAGUAAAUAACAGUGGGGCUAUAUACAGGGGGUACCGGUACAGAGUCAAUGUGCCGGGGCACCAGUGUCGAGGUAAUUGAGGUACAUGUAAGUUGAGUUAUUAAAGUGGCUAUGCAUAGAUAAUAACAGAGAGUAGCAGCAGCGUAGAAGGGGGGGGGGGGCAAUGCAAAUAGUCUGGGUAGCCAUUUGAUUAGUUUUUCAGGAGUCUUAUGGCUUGGGGGUAGAAGCUGUUUAGAAGCCUCUUGAACCUAGACUUGGCGCUCCGGUACUGCUUGCCGUGUGGUAGCAGAGAGAACAGUCUGUGAGUAGGGUGGCUGGAGUCUUUGACAAUUUUUAGGGCCUUUCUCUGACACAUACUGGUAUAGAGUUCCUGGAUGGCAGGAAGCUUGGCCCCGGUGAUGUACUGGGCCGUACGUACCACCCUCUGUAGUGCCUUGCUGUUGGAGGCCGAGCUGUUGCCAUACCAGGCAGUGAUGCAACCCGUCUGGAUGCUCUCAAUGGUGCAGCUGUAAAACCUUUUAAGGAUCUGAGGACCAUGACAAAUAGGUUUUGUAGUGCCCUCUUCACGACAGUCUUGGUGUGCUUGGACCAUGUUAGUUUGCUGGUGAUGUGGAUGCCAAGUAACUUGAAGCUCGCAACCUGCUCCACUACAGCCCUGUCGAUGAGAAGGGGGCGUGCUCGACCCUCCUUUUCCUGUAGUCCACAAUUAUCUCCUUUGUCUUGAUCAGGUUGAGGGAGAGGUUGUUGUCCUUGCACCACACGGUCAGGUCUCUGACCUCCUCCUCCCUAUAGGCUGUCUCAUCAUUGCCGGUGAUCAGGCCUACCACUGUUGUAUCGUCAGCAAACUUAAUGAUGGUGUUGGAGUCUUGCCUGGCCGUGCAGUCAUGAGUGAACAGGGAGUACAGGAGGGGACUGAGCACACACCCCUGAGGGGCCCCUGUGUUGAGGAUCAGCAUGGCGGAUGUGUUGUUACCACCUGGGGGCAGCCCGUCAGGAAGUCCAGGAUCUAGUUGCAGAGGGAGGUGUUUAGUCCCUGGGUCCUUAGCUUAGUGAUGAGCUUUGAGGGCACUAUGGUGUUGAACGCUGAGCUGUAGUCAAUGAAUAGCAUUCUCACAUAGGUGUUCCAAUGCUAGCUUCUCUCUGUAUCGGUAAACACAGGAUUAAUAUGACCCUUGGCAACAGCACUGUGCGUCCCUGACACAUGGAUACAGUGUAGGGAGGCAGCGGGAGAGGGGAGUGAGGGACAGCAACAGAAGAAAGAGGGAUGAGAGAGGGAUGUUGUGUGUCAUACCGGAUAAUUGGUUUGUCUUUAAGUGACACUCGCUGUGUCUCAAAUGGCACCCUGUGUGUGUGUGUGUACGUGCGUGUGUGUGUGCGUGCGUGGUCUGACAGUCCUCUGAGCGCCUAAAGAGAAAAACCCUUCAAAUGUUUGUCCUCCAGAACAUCUCUUCCUUCUUCAUCUCUCUUUUUUUCAUCCCUCCAGUUCUACAUGCAUCUUGUUCAAAACACACCCAGGAUUUAUAUUUUAAACGUAUGUUCCCAUACAGUUGUUUUGAUCACAUUUCACAUUUCCGUAAAGGUUAGUUAUGUGGGGAUUUUUGUUUUGUGGUAUAAUCGAAAGGCUGUGUUUAUUCAUAACAUGCAAAGGUCAGCUAUGUAACUGGUAUGUGAGGGAGACUAUACAGUAUGUGUCGCGGCUAUAUGCGUGUGAGAACAGUUAUUCAUGUGACUACCAAUCAGAUGAGAGGUUAGCUCUGUUCGCUCCUAUUCCAUCUGCCUGAGCUGGGGGAAGCUCACACGCGCAUACACACAUACACACACACACACACACACACACACACACACAUCAACUGUAGACUGCCUCGUGCAAUUACAAAGUCAUGUGGAAUAGUCUAGGGGAGCUCACUUGCACGCAAUUCCAAAGUGUGUCAUAAUACAUCCUAUUCAGAACAGAACCUUAGAUUAAGAAUAACAUCUUGGCAUUUAGUAUUUGACAAGGACGUGAUAGUGGUCACAUGCUCUUGUUGACACAUUUCUUUCAGAGUACUACUAUUGCCAUAAUUCCACCCAAUCAGUGGGCAGCAGCAACUCUACAAUAGGAACCAAACAUGGACAAUAGGGCACUGAAAGCAUUGCGCUCCCCGUGGUUUAAACAACAACAGGCACAGUUUGAAGCCCAACAUCCUUCCUCAGACUUUGCUUCAUGUUUUAACUCUGUCCUGUGUGAUGUUUUUUUAGGCUAUUGCCAGUUCUGUGCCAUUCAUUCUGUCUGCGUCCUAAAUUACUCCCUAUUGACCAGGUUCCAAAUGGCUCUGGUCAAAAGUAGUGCACUAUACAGUAUAGAGAAUUGGGUGCCAUUGGGAACGAACAAUAUGUCUCUGUUUGUGGGCAUAUGUUUGAUCACGUUAGCCACAACGAGAACCAAACAAGCUUUACACGUUCUUAAACGAGACAAAUGAGACUUGUUUUAUGUAUUUAUCUAUAGCCGGCACUUCACAAACUGAAUAAUUAUUACUGUUUCUUCUCUCUUGUAUCUUGCACUUAACACAUGUAGCAAUACCUAUAGGAUGGGGAAAACAGACGUGUGAUUCACCAGUAUUUGUGAAGUAUUUCAUUUUAUUACUAGUUUAUUGUUCCAUUUUGUACAAAAUAUAUGCUGUACAGAUAUAACAAAUUAAAACGACAACAAACGUCUUUUAGAUAAACUUUAUUUAUUUUGUACUGUUUUUGUAAUUUAGACACUAUACUGUAGCUCCUUUUUGGCCAGAAUUACUGAAAGUGCCUCUUGGUAUAAUGUAUUACAAAGUAAAUAUACAGUAUAUUGAGAUUGUUAGAAAAUUGUCACUAGCUGAACAAUGUGGAUGUUGUAAUGUGAAUACUGAAUAACAUGAGUUAAAUGCUG